AUUUUUAUGUUGUCUUAGCAACGAAACAAACUAGUCAACUCCAAUCGGCUGGCAAAUCGGUUAUUGACAAUAUAAUAGCUAUUCAAGCCUCUUCCACAUUAAAUUGAAAGAAUGUCUGCCACAGCCAAUCCUAAAUCUAUGCGACGACCAAAAUCUUGGGACGAAACCGUAGAAGAAGCAUAUAGGUUUCAACUGGCUGGUUACAGAGACGAAAGAGAUUAUCUACAAAUCAACGGAUUGGAAGAAAAUCCUGAUAGGUGGGAACAUAAUGGCUGGAUAAAGAAGCUUAAGAGAAGAGACGGUUUUUUUUAUUAUUUUAACAAAACCAGAGAAUGUUCUGAUAAAGAUGUUCAUAGAACCAAGAUAUAUCUUUAUUAA